AUGACCUUUCGUGAAAAGGUCAGACGGGUGUUCCAUCGCUCCUCGAGCAGUGUGAGCAAUGGAAAACCCAAAGUGGAAUACUAUCGUCGCCAUGAAAUCCCUCCUUCCAAGUUUCGCGGGCCAUUCGAUAAAGAGCACAUGAAGCGACUAGCGGCUUGGUCCUUCGAGGGCGCCAUGGCGGAUCGCCCGCGCUCUCUCGACUUGUCUCUGUCGCCCUGCGCCACCUACGAUUUGCCCCCUUCCGAUAGCGACACCGGCGAUGUCUCCCCAGACGAUGAUGGUGUGGCCAUUGAUCCAGCCUGUUCCGACGCGGUCUCACCUAUCGAUAUUGACUCCUUCCGCCCCACCAACGCGGGAUCUCAGUCGUCCACCGUCGUCAACUCCGAGAGCUACAGCGGCUCCAUGAUGACUCUCCUCGGCGAGCCUUCCAUUUACGAAGUUUCUGAAGAUCCCAUCGCCCAAAUGAAGGAGUCAAUUCGGUACACUUCGCCCAUCGUCCGUGCCAUCACCCCUGCCUCCCCGCGUGCCAUGUCACCGCGUGGAAAGCACCAAACUUUCUCGCCCGAAGACCUGACCCGUGCCCUCGUCGCCGUGCAGAUCUGCGCGUAA